AUGGAUGAGGAACUCCCACAAAGAACGCUGCGGCAGCAGCGCCAGGUGCGUCCUUUUGCGCACCCGCAGCAGCAGCAGCAGCUGCUGCAGCAGCAGCAGCUGCAGCAGCAGCAACAACAGGAACGACAACCACGGUUUCAGCAGCAGCAGCAACAGUCUCUGCAGCAGCAUGAACAACUUCAGUCUAGGACAAUUCCAGCUGCGAACGCGCUGCCUGCAGCUGCAGCAGCAAGGCAAAGCUUAUUGCAGCCUCGCCUGCAUAGCAGCAGCAGCAGCAGCAGCAGCAUUUGUUCUGCGCACGGGGUGUUAUCGGCUUCUGCCUUCACUGGGGGCGCUGGGCCUUCGCUGGAGGUUCCAUGGGCCAGCAGCAGCAGCAGCAGCAUCAACAGCAACAACUCUACUCGUGCUACAGCGCUGUUUGCUGCUGGAGGGGGUCCUGCUGCUGCUGCUGCUGCUGCAGUGCAGCAGCAACUGCGGCAUUCACCUGGCAUUUGCGCAGGGCAGCUGCAGCCGCAGCUGCGUGUACACUCUGGACCCUUCUCUGCUGCAGGAACACAGCUUCCAGGAGGGGUGCAGCAGCAGCAGCAGCAGCAGCAGCAGCAGCAACUGCUGCAGGAGCAGCAGCAGAAUGCGCGGUGUCCUAUGACGCGUCUUCUUUCGCAUGCAACGACAGCUUUAGACGUUACUGCUGCAACUCCGUCUUUGCAUGCGCUGCUGCUGCAGCAGCAGCAGCAGCAGCAACAGCAGCAGCGACUGCCUCAUCGGCUGCUACGCAGGGAGCCGCCUGCAGCAGCGCGUGGUGCGUCACAGCCCUCUGCUGCUGCUGCUGCUGCAGACUUUUCUAAGCGAGUUGCUUCCGAGCAGCAGCUUUUGCUGCAGCAGGCAGCAUACCGCCGCCGCAGCUACAGCAGCAGCUGCCGCUCGGCUCCACAGGGUGCAGGUUCUGCUGCUUCUGCAUGCAUAGACCGACGAAGGCAGCAGCAGCAGCUGCUGCUGCUGUCGGAGGAGGAGCAACGGCAGCAGCAACGCGAGCAGCAACUGCAGCAGCAGUUGUUCCCUUCCCGACAUGAUGUGCAAGAACAACAGCAGCAGCAGCGGCAGCAAGCGCAGUACGGUCAGCAGCGACAACAGCAGCAACCGCCGCAGCAACAUCCACAGCAGCAACAGCAGCAGCAGCAGCAGCACGAGUCUGGGGGGUUGCUGAUGCGUGCAUCUGCUGCAGGGCAGUCUUUGCUGGGCUUAGGCCGGCAGUUGGCGAGGCAGCUGCUGCGGCCUAGCCCUGCUGCUGCAGCAGCAGCAGGAGCAGCAGCAGGAGCAGCAGCAGGAUGUGGGGAACUCGACAAGCAGCAGCAGCAGCAGCAGCAGCAGCAACAGCAGCACCAGCGUGCUGCCUCUCGUACACCUUCCGUUUGCUCUCUCAAGCGCUUCCUCGAGGUGCAGGAACCCCCAAGGCGAAAACUCAGCAGGACAGAACCUGCUGCUGCAGCUGCUGCUGCUUUGGCGCAGCAGCAGCAGCAGCAGCAGCAGCAGCAAAUUUGGCAAGGGUUGCGAGACGCCGGAGUCCUAGCGCAACCACCGUGGCAGCAGCCGACUGCAGCAGCAGCAGCAGCUCCUUCUGCAGCAGCGGACAUCAUCGGCGGCAUGGCGCAGGGGCAGCAGCAGCAGCUGCUGCAGCACCAGCAGCUGUUAUGCCGCUGCAGCAGGCAGGGCUUUUCUCUUGCACGCGCCCGCCUGUCGUUGCAGCGACUUGCUGCAGCACUUGCCAGCAAUGAGGAGUUGCUGCUGCUGCAGCAGAAUUACACACGGAUGCAGCAGCAGCAGCAACAGCAGCAGCAGCAGCAACAGCAAGCGCCACAGGAGGACACAAGUGCAGACAGCUCCAGACAGGAGCACCCUACGCAGCAGCAGCAGCAGCAGCAGCAGCAGCACUUAACUACCCAGCUUGGUGGGCGCUUCCUAUCUCUGCAUGCGCCACUGCUGCUGCAGCAGGACUCAGCAGUUGCAGCUGCUGUUGCAGCAGCAAACCAGCUGUUGCUGCUGCAGGAGUCUUCUUUCAUGGACGAGCAGCAGUAUCAGCCGCAACAACAGCAGCGGCUGCAGCAACAGCUGUUGCAGCGCGAAUACGGGGGUGAGUUGCUGCUGCUGCUGCAGCAAGUGGAGGAGCAGCAAGAUGCUGUAGACAAUGCGCUGCGGUUGCUGCUGCAGCACUCAAACGCUGCAGCUGCUGCAGCUGCAGCAGCAGCAGCUCCUUGUGGAGCCGAAGCAGCGGCAGCAGCACCGAGCGAUCCCGUCUCCGCCAGUGAACAGCAGCAGCAGCAACAGCAGCAGCAGCACAAGCAGCAGAAGGAUUCUGGAGGGUCGAGCGCCUGCAGUAGUCCCAGCACGAGCAGCACUGGAGGCAGCAGCAGCGUAGGCAGCAGCGACAGCAGCGGCAGCAGCAGCAACAGCAGCAGCAGCGAGGACAAGGUGGAAGGCAAAGAACCAGCAGCAACAACAACAGCAGCAGCAACAACAACAGCAGCAGCAGCAACAGCAACAGCAGCAGCAGCAACAGCCGCAGCCACAGCAGCAGAUGGCGAUCCGCAGGACUCGCCUUCAGAAGCGACAGAAGCUGCAGCAGCAGCAGCAGCAGCAGCAGCAACAGCAGCAGCAGCAGCAGAUGCUGUUGCAGCAACAAGACGCAGCUUGUGCUGGCAGGACCUCUUAGGGCUUCCCGAAGCAGCGGUUGCGGGGUUGGUUCCUGCUGCAGCUAAGGCAGCAACACCAGCAGCAGCAGAAACAGCAACAGCAGCAGCAGCAACAACAGCAGCAGCAGCAACAGCAGCAGCAGCGGAGCCACCAGAUUUGUAUGGGCUUCGAAUGUACCCCGAGCUUGUGCAUGCGCUGCUGUCGCUGCUGCCAGGGGAAUCGCCAACUCCAGGUGUAAGUAUGCCGCAGCAGCAGCAGCAGCAGCAGCAGCAGCAGCAGCAGCAGCAUCAGCAGCAUCAGCAGCAACAGCAUCUAUUGCUUCUGCUGCUGCAGUCGUCGUUGGCUGUCAAUUCUCUGAUAGCGACCUUCAAUGCCUUCGAGCUGCAAACGCCUGCUGCAGCAGCAACAGCAGCAGCAACCGCAUCAGCCGUAUCUCAACCUGGCCCUUUGGUUUACUGUUUAGAGGCGCUGCAUAUGAAUGCCGCUGAGCUGCAGCGGCUCUGCAGCAGCCACGGUGUUUUGCUGCUAAAGGCGAGAGAUCUAGAGACGCAUUUUCAGAGGCUGCUUAACCGCAUGAAAAGACGGCUGCAGCAGCAGCAACAGCAGCAGCCACAGCAGCAGCUGCAGCAGCAGGAGGCGACGCUCCUUGUCCCGGUGUAUGGGGAGGGAGUAGCCUUCCUUAUCAUCUUUUCCCUUACUCAGGGGCCUAGCAGCAGCAGCAGCAGCAGCAGCAGCAGCAGCAGCAGCAGUGAAGCGCAACUUACCACGCGAUGUACGUACACUGUGGUAGACUGUCUUGGAGCCUUCAUGCAGCAGCAGCAGCAGCAGCAGCAGCUGCAGCUGGCGGAUACGCUUGCAUUGCUGCUGCGCAGCCGGAGAAGCCUUUCUUGUCUAGGGCCUAUCGAAGCCAGUAACCAGUGGGAGCUGCAGCUGCGCAUGACGGUGCUGCUGCCAACGAGCGCCGAGGAUGCUGCAGUAGAACAGGAGGAGGAGGAAGAGCAACAGCAGCAGCAGCAGCAGCAGCUAGAGCAAGAGCAGCAGCAAGAACAGGAACAAGGCGAAGCUGCUGCUGCUGCUCGUGCGGAGGAUUCCGAAGGGCCUGCUGCUGCUGCAGCUGCAGCGUGCAGCAAAGAGCUGCUGCUGCAGGCAGAAGAAGGCAAGAAGAGGCUGCAGCAUUUGCGGCGGCUGCAGCAGCAGCAACAGCAGCAGCUGCAGCAGCAGUUUACAGGGGACGGGAUCGGCAUAGUGCUACUUUUUACGAUUGAGGGAUUCUUCACGUAA